AUGGCGAAUGCUCUUGCGGCCGUUUAUAAAUGGGGCAUCCCCGUGGCCAUCGGGGCGUCCUUCGUCCAGGCAUCACUCUACGAUGUCAAGGGAGGAACGCGGGCAGUCAUCUUUGACAGACUCUCCGGAGUUCAGGAAAAAGUCGUCAAUGAGGGAACGCACUUCCUCAUCCCCUGGCUACAGAAAAGCAUCAUUUACGAUGUCAGAACAAAGCCCAGAAACAUCUCAACGACAACCGGUAGUAAGGACUUGCAGAUGGUCAGCCUGACACUACGGGUUUUACAUCGCCCCGAAGUCCAACAGCUACCAAAGAUCUAUCAGUCCCUCGGCCAAGAUUACGAUGAAAGAGUCCUCCCUUCCAUUGGCAACGAAGUUCUAAAGUCCAUUGUUGCCCAAUUUGAUGCCGCAGAACUCAUCACGCAGCGUGAAGCAGUCUCGAACAGAAUCCGCAACGACCUCAUGCGCCGUGCCAGAGAAUUUAACAUUGCCCUCGAAGACGUCUCAAUCACCCACAUGACAUUCGGCCGCGAAUUCACCCGUGCCGUUGAGCAGAAGCAGAUCGCGCAGCAGGAUGCUGAGCGGGCGAGAUUCAUUGUCGAAAAAGCUGAGCAGGAGCGACAGGCUAACGUUAUCCGUGCUGAAGGAGAGGCCGAGAGUGCUGAUAUAAUUAGCAAGGCUGUUAUGAAGGCUGGUGAUGGCUUGAUUCAGAUCCGAAGAAUCGAUGCCAGUCGGGAAAUUGCGCAGACACUAGCCUCCAAUCCCAACGUAACGUAUCUCCCCGGUGGUGGUGAGGGAAAUGAGGGCGGAAAGAGCACCAGUCUUUUGCUUGGAUUGAGGAGUUAA